CUUCUAUUUGUCCAGUGUUCUACAAGGCUUCCGGGUGCACUCCAGUUGACUACGUCAUCUGUGGUGGUGGGUGGUGGAGUACUAGCUACUAGCUAGUACAGUACCCCUCAAUUGCUUUUUGUGAUGAUCCUUGCCUAUGGCCAUUGAGCAAUCCUUCCUGGCUCCAUCUCUUGCUGGAUUAUAUGAUAGAUAACUUCGUUUCCAGGAUUGUUCAUUUUGCACCGUAAGCACCAAGCGAUGUGCGUCGUAACAGAAGGUGGCAAUGGUGGAGACAAAGCGGAGACUAAGCAGCGGCUACAGCUUUUGCUAGACCAUAGCAGCAAUAAGUUUUGUGCCGACUGCCCCGACCGAUCGCCGCAGUUUGUGUCUUUGCAACAGAAGCCCCUCGUGGAACGCGGCAAUCUGAUGGGGGUAUUUUGCUGCGGGCCGUGUGCAAGAUUUCAUAAUGAGCUGGGAGAGGGCGUCUGCGUCGUAAAGAGCAUUCACGUGGAUUUCACACUAGACCAAGUUCAACUGCUGGAACAAAGUGGUAACCAGUUCGUGAACUCCAUAUUGGAAGCUACUCUCGACGAGAAUUGCAAAAGCACCACCGACAGAGCAACUUUCAUUCAGCGGAAAUACCAGGACCAUCAGUUCUUUAGUAAAGAGGUGCUCCAUCAGAAGAACGCCAUUCGCGCCAAAGCCAGUCGAUACGCCACGAUGAUGAGAGCACCCGCUCCAACUCGCACAGACAGGCUGCUGAACAGGCCACCUUCCAACCAAAACCUCCAGGCAGUGGCAGCAGCAACAGAGCGUAGUAGGCAAACCCUUGCAAGGUCCCAAUCCGCAUCCAGCCUCAUUGUCACAGGAGGGAGGAAAGGUAUAGCAUCAAUCCGAGCGAAAAACAUGGAUGGGGGUGGAGCGACACGCAGAAGAAACAGAUCCUCCAUGGACCACACAAGAGAUAGACGCGACGACCAAACUCGGAGAAAUGGUGCGACUGUAAGGAAUUCAACUUCGGAUCCUUUCCUUGUGGGAAUGGAUGCAUCACAAGAUGCUCUCGAAAGUAAGCCACCCGCGUGGCGUUCAUCCAACAGCGAGACUGGUUCGAAGGACGCUAGGAGACCAAGGAGGACAGAUGACUUUGGAUACUACAGCAAAUUCUCCGGCAGAAAGUCUUCACAUAGGGGCUACAAUGAAGGUUGUAGCGACAGUGAACCGGACUAUAGCUCUGAAAGGAAUCCGCAGAAGGGCAAGUCAAUGCCAAGAUCCUCCUCCAAACCAGAGCUUUCAUCGCGGGGCAAAGGUGGAAGAUCGCCCAAAAAGUCCUCUUCCUCCAAGUGGACUAUCGUGAAAAGUAGUUUACGCAGCAAAGAGUCGAGGAGGGGUUUGCUUGAAGCUUACACAAAUUCAAUCAGUGACUCAGAGGACGAAGAUGGCAGGAAGCGGUACGCAAGGUCUUCACCUAAGAGAGAAGCCAAGGGAUCGUUGUCCAAGUGGUGCAUUGUGCAGCACACUCUCCUGGAUGAAAGCGCACGAAGGAUGUUUCUUCAGUCAUACAACAGCAACGAUCACGACACCUCAGAUAGCGAGGAGGACAGGGAGCCUAGAAGCACCCAGAGUUCAAGGAACCAAAGGCAGAAGGAAUGUACUUCUUCCAAUCGGCGAUCAUCCACGGGCAGAUCUCCAAGGCGAUCACCUGACCGGUCUCCAACGCGUCGCUCAGCCAACAAAGAUGUCCUGGUCGAGGAGCGGAAGGACAGGAAAAGUGGACGAUGCUCCUCAAAGGCAAGUUCAGAGGACGCGUUGGACCUCUCAGCAAACCUGGAUUGGGCCUCGUGCAGGGUUGAGUCUAAUGCUUCUCUGAAACAAGAUCGCUUGGCGGCCAUAUUAGAACGUCCCGACAAUUUACGUUGCUGUGAAUGCUCCAACAUGAGACCUACAUGGGCCUCAUUCUUCAGGUCACCCGUUGAUGGUAGCCGGCUUGGUGUACUUUGUUGCUUCGCAUGCCAUGACUUGCAUCACAAGGUGGGCGAUGGCGAGUUCAGGCUGAUUACUGUGCGAGAUGUUGAUGAAUGGACUGAUUCCGACCUGGAGGCCUUGGAAAUAAGCGGGAACAAUGUCAUCAAUGCAAUUUACGAAGCCAAUGUUACCAACGAGAAGGACGACCGGGACAAACGAGAGCAUGGACAUGAAGCAUACUUCUUUGAGAAAUACAUGAAUCUCUCUUAUUUCAAUGGACGUGUUUACGACCAUGUGAUGUCAGACGCCUUGCUCAGGGCUGUCGAACGGAAGAAAGCUAUUGAGAUUGAGCAGCAGCUGCAUCGGUCUUGGGACGGGUUGCAGAGAAGGCAAAAUCAGAAUCAUGGUGAGAAACCUGUGGACGACGAGCCAAACAGACGUGUAACGAGCGCGUCAUCAGGAACUGUCCUAGAGCUUGCCAGCAGAAAGCACGGAGAAGAGGAGGGAGACCGUCGAUCUAGUAGAAAGCUGUCACCGAAGCGCGAGACAAACCGACGUGGGAAAAGGGCUUCAUCUGGAAACGCCCCCUCGGAACUUGCCGAAAAGGAGUGUUUUUCCAGGAAGUUGUCGCCAAAGCGGGAACCUAGCAGCAGGCGUGCAAGGUCCUCAUCGGGCACGAGUCUUAGUCGUUUGGGCGCAAAGGACAAGCAGCGAAUGGAAGAAACAAGGAUUCGACUAGAAGCAUUGACGUCUGAGAAUGUUUGCGGAAAGUCCAGGAAAAGUGAACGCGCUGGAAGGCAGAUCUCCCUCGACCCACACGACGAAAACAUUUCCACGAAGCGAGCAUCAUCAAAGGGGAGCCGCAAUAACCUUGACGACUCGGUGGGCCAUUACGGUGGCAUGAAUUCUUCUGCAAGGCGAUAUGGCGAGGGAGACCGCAGGGCAGGAGAAAGGAGCCCCCCCAGACGAGACCACGUUGACUCGACCAGAAAGUCGUCUAGUAGACGCGGCAAGUCGAAACAGAAGGAAGAUGCGUCGAAGAAGUGGAAUAAUCUUUUGCAUUCGGCUGUUGAUCCACUCCUCGUAGGCUAG